UUGUGGCUUCCUGAGAUCGACUUCCGGGUCAGAGUCAGAAGGACACAGUAGACGAUGAAGAUCAAAUUAUGAGAAAUAAACGUUGCAAUUAGCCUCUUGUGAUUAAUGUAAGUGUAUUUACUUCUCGCCUAUCGUUUUACAACAGUAGCACUGUGGGUAGAAAUGGCCGGAAGCAGACUGGAGAAGUUUGGAACCGUGUUCACCAGGGUUCGGGAUCUGAUGCGUUCAGGAGUGAUAAAGCCACAUGAGAAGCCCAUCUGGUUCGACGUGUACAUGGCCUUCCCUCCCAAGAGGAACCCGCUGUACGUUAAAAAACAAACCAGGCGCUAUGGCGCUGUGGAGGACGCCGUGCCUGAGAUCUUCUACACCGAGGAUAAAGUGAGAGCGAGAUUCUAUGAGCUUUAUGGGACAGGUUCUCGGCCUCUAGAUCUCUCCAAAUCAAACUUUGUGUCAACAUGUGAAAGGUUUGUUGUAAAGUAUGCGGAGUUAAAGGACUCCAGCGAACUGAGUGACUCUGCGCUGUUUGAGGAGACGGCGAAGGCUUUACUCAAAGAGGGUGUGAUCCUGAGACAGAGAGGAGUUGCUCAGGUGGAUGAACCAAAGGAUCCCGUCCUGAAUCUGAAAUUAAAAGACAUGUUAGCCGAGCAGCAACCAACUGAGAAUCAAACGACUCAAAGCUAGGAGCCAGAAUACGCUGCAGAGAUUACCAGCUGCUCCCGGACCCUCCACUCCAGCGACUGCGUUUUGGCCGUCGUUGCUGCAUGUCAUAUUUGCUCGUUUGAAUAUGACGGACACCAGGAUGAAACAACUUUACUUAAGCUACCAAGUCACGCUCCUGGUUUUUUGAUGCCAGAGAGAUGUUGUCAUUUAAAGGAAACGGUACAAAAGCUGUGCAUUGUUUUAGAUCAAGUCAAAUGGUCUGUUUUCAUGUUGGAAUGAAGAUGGAAAACAACUUUUGGAUUGGUCGUGACUUUAAGUCUUUCUAUUUUCUUUUAAGACACCUUAACAUGUACAUUUUGUUACAGAUUUGAUAAGACUACGUCAAUGUUCCUUGCAGUUAUAUAAAACCUGUAAUUAUUAUGUGAAUUCAACUGAAGUGGAUUCUAAUUGGCAUUAGUUGGACUUGACCUAUGCCUAUGCCAGAAUUACCAUAUUUAAAUUGAAUGCUUGGCAGUUAGUAAUAACAAGUCACCAUUGUUAACAUGUCCACUUAAAUCACUUAAAUAAAGAGUUUUGGAUUGAGAGGUCUUUGUCCUGUUGACCAUUUGAUGGAUAGUAACUGAGACUGUUGUUAUUAUAAUGAAUGCAUUGUUAAAUGUUCUGUGACAAGAACAUGCAAAGCUGCAAAAAAGGGGGAAUUUUAUGAAAAAGCCUGCUGAU